GUAGUGAGCUUUGCUUUGCAUGGAUGGCCCUGUGGCAGCAGCAGGAGGACGGUCGCCAUCUCUGGGUAAACACUGUAACCGUAUCACGCAGUUGAUAUAUAGUAGUGUGUGUGUGUGGAGCUGGAGACUGGAGAGCAGGAGUACAGCCUUACAGUAGCAGCAGCAGCAGCAGCAGCAGGAGUGGUGCUACAGUAUGCUGCCUGCAACAGCAGCAGGACACACACGACUUCUUCGAUGCAGGACUGACGCUUUGUUUGUCUCCUGCACAUCGGAUGUUUUUGGACGCUUAUUUCCUCUCGCUUGAUAUUCCGUCUUUGUUGUUUUUUUGUGCGCUCCAAAGGGGGAAAUGCAUGCAUGCAUCGAAUAAAAUGGGAUUUUAAUGGUGCAGCCAGCAGGAGACUGUAGUGCGCCUCUUUGGUAAUGUUUGCCAAGGAAUAAAACGGUGUAGCCGAAAAGGUGCGUUAACAUCUCGUUUCCAUGGACAACACGUCCAUAAUAACACAGGUUGCAAAUCCCAAAGAGGAGGAGAGCAUUUCUUCAAGUCAAGAUAAAGUCUCCCAGUCCAACAGCAGCCUAAAGAAGCAUCGCAGUCGGAGCAUUUUCAGCCCCUUCUUCUGCUGCUUCCGCAACUACAAUGACUACCACGUGGAGCCACCACCCGCCAACAACAAGGCACUCGCUCUGCCCCCGCCGCCAGAGGAGAACGGCAGUCCUCCCAAGUGUGACCAGGUCCAGGUCAUCCCCAUCCCCAGUCCUCCAGCCAAGUUCCUCCUGCAGGAGGUCAGUAUCGCUGACUACGGCAAGAACUGUGUGGUGAUCGACCUGGACGAGACCCUCGUGCACAGCUCCUUCAAGCCCAUCAGCAAUGCAGACUUCAUCGUUCCAGUGGAGAUUGAUGGGACUGUUCAUCAGGUGUACGUGCUGAAGAGGCCCCACGUGGACGAGUUCCUCCAGAAGAUGGGGGAGCUCUACGAAUGCGUUCUCUUCACAGCGAGCUUAGCCAAGUACGCUGACCCUGUGGCAGACCUGCUGGACCAGUGGGGGGUGUUUCGCGCCCGGCUCUUCAGGGAAUCCUGUGUUUUCCACAGAGGAAACUACGUCAAAGACCUCAGCCGGCUGGGCCGAGAGCUCAGUAAAGUCAUCAUCAUAGACAACUCACCUGCCUCCUACAUCUUCCACCCUGAGAACGCAGUCCCAGUGCAGUCCUGGUUUGACGACAUGACGGACACGGAGCUGCUGGACCUGAUCCCUCUGUUUGAGGGCCUUAGUACAGAGGAGGACGUUUACAGUCUGUUACAGAGCCUGAGGAACAGGUAGCAGACGGCGGCUCCAGCUGGUAUCUUCCUGCCUCGGGGCCCCCGCUGCACAGAGGCCUCACCUCGCUGCCACGGCCCCCGCGGCCCGGCUCAUGUCCUCCGAGCGGCGCUGGGAGUCCCAGCGUGGCUCUAAACCCGAGGACUUCAGGCAAUCGCUCCGGUCAUAAUGAAAUCUAGAGACAACAACUGUAGGGAUCUCUGGAUUCUCGGUCUCUUUGUACAGGACUCCUACUGACAAAAGAUUAUAUCACUGUAUGUACAUACUAUAUGUUUCUAAGCAAGACAUACAUAAAGUAAUUUUUCUAUCAGAGAGCGGAGGUUUUACUAUUCUAUCAAGUAAUAUUUUAGUUACCAAAAAUAAUCCAAUAGACAGAAGGAAGAGGUUUUGGGUGACCUUUUGUUUUUUUUGUGUUGAGCUGUGCUAUGCAGGCUGUUGUAUCUCGUCUGACCUUUCAUUCAAACAACUGUGAUUUAUCUUCUCUUACAGAAUGAAGUGCCUUCAUUACUGUGCUGAUUUUGUUGUGUCGGGUUAUGGGGUGCGCAUUUUUAUGCUGCAUAUUUACUCAAAUCUCUAAAUGCGUAUUAACUAAAUCCUUAAAUUGAAGUUGGAAAGAAGUCUUUGGUAAUUGUCAUUUAAAACAGAAAAGAAUAAUGUAUCCAGCUAGCCUGUUAGACCCGGAUGAUUCUUUGCUUUUGAGUUAAGUGACAUUGAAUUGUUAAAUUUACCAAAGAUUUCUUCAAUUCAAUGUGCUUUUGACGUCAUUUGAUCCUUGACAGUGACUGUAAAUUGAUAAUCCUUCAAUCCAAGACAUUGAAACCCCACUUGAUUAUUGAAAAAAAAAAAAAAGAAACCUUUGUGAUGACAUCGCCGUCCACCAAUAAAUGUUAAACUUUUGAGGAAGAUAUAAUAAUUAGCUUAGAUAACAUGAAAUUCUAUUUAUUGGGGAAAAAGGGGGUUGGGUGCAUUGUAAAGACUGCUGUUGAAAUCGUACUGUACAACAUUAUUAAAGUUGCAAGUUUGCACACUGUCA